AUGGCCACAAUCAAGAGGCUUAGAGGCACGUUUCGGUAUGCUUGGCUCUUUUACCCGCGGGACAAAAAGGCUGGCACAAAGAGUCGAGAUGCGGAGGAAACAACAACGUUCGACUGCCAGAACAACGUUUCAACGCCCAAGUCUGCAUCGUCACCACCACCAAAGCCGUUGUUGGACCCGUGGCGGAGCUGCCUGGAUGAUGUUUAG